AUGGUGCUUGAAUUGGCCAAGGAGCUGACGGACAGUUCUGUUAAAAAUCAAUCCCACAAGGCCAUUCUUGUAGGAACAGGGGAGAAUACGUGGAUUUGGUCUCCCGAUGGAUGGGACCUAACACGCCCGGCAGACCCAAGCGCGAACUCGUCGAAGAAUGGCGUCCACCUCGACUGUGAACUCGUCAACGUCAAAUUUGACCCAGUUAAGACGGCCUUGGUGAUUAUCGAUAUGCAGAACAUUGGAUUGAACAAAGCCCUCGAUCCUCCAUCUGCCCCUCCCAUGUACGAAGCGCAAGACGCCAUCCUUCAAUACGCAAUACCCGCAGCGCGCAAGCUGGGCCUCCAGAUCAUUUGGCUCAACUGGGGACUCACUGAGGCGGAUCUGGCAAGCAUAACGCCGGCCGAAAUUAGGGUGUUUGCGUUCGAACCCAACACCACAAAGGUCGACUACGGCCUGGGAGACCAGCAGGGUGACUUGAACGACCCCACAAACUUCCUCAAGUGCGGCGAACGGCCGAACCUCGUCAAAUUGCCGGGCACGGAGCUUGGAGAAAUUGCGCUGGAGGAUGGCAGUCGGGUGAAUGCCGGGCGGGUGAUGAUGAAGGGAUCGUGGAAUGCGGGCUUGCAUGGGCCUCUGGCCGGUGCGUACGAGGAGGGCAAGAAAGCCGCCCGUCCAGAUGUUUGGAUUGACAAGAAUCGCAACUCUGGACUCUGGAACGAGAAGACUGCCUUUGGUGAAUAUCUCAAGAAGGAAGGCAUCCGCACACUGCUGUUUUCGGGCGUCAAUACCGAUCAGUGUGUUGGAGCUACCCUGCAAGAUGCCCAUGCUCAAGGGUUUGAUACCAUCAUGUUGAAGGACGGUUGUGGGACGGAUAGCCUGCCAUACGCAAAGGCUACCUAUGAGUUCAACUGUGCCCGAGCCUGGGGCUUUCUUUCCAGCUGCAAGGCACUCGCCAAAGCUGCUGGAUCUUACUAG